GAGAGCGCACGUAUCUCUCCGUCGCGGACACCUGUGGCGCCGAUACCAAGUGUUUACGGAUUACAGUGAAAAAUUGUGCCGAAGUGUGUGUUACCCUGUGUUUUUAUGAAUGAAUGAAUGAAAAUCAUCGUGCAUAACCGGUCCCGGUUUGACUAGACCGGUUCCGAUUUCCGCUGGUUCCAGUUUCGUGGGAAAUCACCGUGGACUGAGUAAAAUCGGGAAAAAAUGACCAAGUGACGUAAAAGUGACAGUGUAGUGACAUUUAAUGACAGAUUAGUGAUGUGCUAGUGUCGACAUUUUGUGACAAAAUGUGGAGGUGAUUCUCGCGACUGUAUAGAAAAUUAUGUGCUGUGUUGUUGUAUUAAAAAAAUCAAAAUGUGUGCCAAAAUUAGAAAUCUUGUCGUCGUGUUUUGUGUACUGGUAUGCGCAACCGGCUUUCAGCAGCAAUACUUCAGAGUAGUUCCUCGAAGUUUGAGGGUGCAGGAAGGUGCAGAAGCCGUGCUAGAAUGUGCAGUUGCCAACCUUGCGGGACAAGUGCAAUGGGCCAAGGAUGGAUUUGCACUUGGUUUCUCCUCAGUAAUACCCGGCUACCCUCGCUACACAAUGUUCGGAGAUAGACGCCACGGCGUUUACAACCUUCGUAUAGUGAACUCAACGCUGGAAGACGAUGCUGAGUACCAGUGCCAGGUCGGCCCAGCUCAGAUGCAUAAAGUCAUAAGAGCCAAUGCGUCCCUCACUGUUAUAUGUUUCGACUUGUUUAGGAAAUUCUAUUAA